GACAGAGUUACUACAUCAGCGUGUGCGUCGGCGCCAAUGAGCGGUAAACUUGUUUCGGGCUACGGUCAAAGGCCUGAAGUAAAGCUGCUGAUUGCUCGUUUUUCUUCCCUCUGUUUUAUGAACGCAACCUCGGCGUUGCAGACGCUCGUCUAGCAAUGUUUGUUGCUCGGAGUAUACCUGCGGACCACAAGGACUUAAUCCACGAUGUUUCUUAUGAUUUUCACGGUAGGAGGAUGGCGACCUGCUCUAGUGACCAGAGCGUUAAGGUAUGGGAUAAAGGUGAAAAUGGCGAAUGGCACUGCACUGCAAGCUGGAAGACACACAGUGGUUCGGUUUGGAGAGUUACGUGGGCGCACCCAGAGUUCGGCCAGGUGUUAGCUUCCUGUUCUUUUGAUAGAACUGCAGCUGUGUGGGAAGAAAUUGUUGGGGAAUCCAAUGAUAAGCAACGCGGACAAAGUCAUUGGAUUAAAAGAACCACACUUGUUGACAGUCGGACCUCGGUGACGGACGUAAAAUUUGCACCAAAACACAUGGGGCUUAUGCUUACAACGUGUUCAGCUGAUGGUGUGGUGAGGAUAUACGAGGCACCAGAUGUGAUGAACCUGAGCCAGUGGUCGCUACAACAUGAAAUAUCUUGUAAGCUCAGCUGUAGUUGUAUUUCUUGGAAUCCCUCAAGUUCCCGUGCUCAUUCCCCUAUGCUUGCAGUUGGAAGUGAUGACAACAAUCCAAAUCUUGUUGGCAAAGUUCAUAUUUAUGAAUACAACGAAAAUACCCGGAAAUACGCAAAGGCAGAGACUCUUUCUAUGGUCACGGAUCCAGUGCAUGAUGUUGCAUUUGCACCAAACCUUGGAAGAUCUUUCCAUGUAUUAGCUGUUGCAACAAAAGAUGUGUGCAUUUUCAAUCUGGUACCCCUUCGAAAAGAACCAAGCAGUACUUCAGGUCCAACAAAAUUUGAUAUCCAAACAGUGGCUCAGUUUGAGCAUCAUAAUUCUCAAGUCUGGAGGGUGAGCUGGAAUAUAACCAGUACUCUGUUGGCUUCAUCAGGGGAUGAUGGGUGUGUACGUCUAUGGAAAGCUAAUUACAUGGGUAACUGGAAGUGUACUGGCAUUUUGAAAGGUGAUGGAACUCCUGUGAAUGGCACUUCCAAUCAGCAUGGAAUGUUAACAUCACCUUUGGGGUCAGCAAAUCAGACUAUCCAGGGCUCACUAAAUGGUACUUCAGCCAGCAGGUAUUUCUUUCCCCCUCUGGAGCCCCCUCGUGCUGGAUCGAGAUGGUCCAGCUAUGCCCAGCUUCUUCCUCCACCUACUCUGAUAGAACAAACUUGUGACGCUGACACUGCCAGCCAUCAGCUUCCUCACCCUCGCAGACGAUAUACAACUCGGCCUCUAAACCCCUUACCAGAAAAUGAAGGGGAUUAAAAAAUUUGUUUUUUCCUUAACAAAAACUAACAAACAAAAAAAGUUAAUUUAUUAAAAGUCUUUGCAACUGUGCGCUUUAAUGUUUGAUUACAGUUUUUGUGCCUUUACAGUUUGUGGUCUGUUUCUUUUUGAAUACUUGAACAAAGCAAUUUGAAAGUGAUCCUUUAUUCAUAUCAAUAAUUAGAAAGUCUGUUUGAAGGAUCGUUCCUUUUUUAUCAUCGUAAAAAGUGUAAUCAUUUAAAAAUAAGAUUUCUUCAUAGCGGGAUUUUAUUCUCAAGCAUACUACCAAACUUGAAACACAGCUUUUAGAUUUUAGGUCUUGAGAAAGCUUCCUCAUGCUGAACUGAAAAUUUGAAAAAUGACGGCCCAAAGUGACUUUUUUCCCAUAUUGCCUGAUAAAUUUAGAAUCGACUUGUAUGUAUGUUUUUUAUGUUUAUAUUCAACACAUUUGUGUAUUUAUAUUUUUCU